AUGGGUCGCAUGCGCCGCGACGCACAUCUUCCAGAUCAGAACGACGUCCUGCUGUUCGCUGCCGCAAUGUCUCACUCAGUCAGCGCCAGCACUCUGAGAGUCUACCUGGCCGCGAUCAAAUACCACCUCCUCCGCAUGGGAGGCCCGGUCGGGGUUACAUCCUCAAGCCGCAUCACAGCCCUGCUCAAGGGCUUAGAGUGGGAGAGAGCGUCGCUUCCCAGGCAUCCGUCAGCACGCCCUCAGCGCCAAGCGAUCACCAUCCACCAGCUGGAGGCUCUCCGCCAGUUCUUGGAUCGGUCCUUGUACUCCCCGGCAGACAGACUAAUGCUAUGGGCUGCUCUGACGACAGCCUUCCACGGCCUGCUGCGUGUGAGCGAGUGCACGUCGCUGUCACCUGACGGUCCCGGCGGCCUCAAGACGCUGAGGCGCGAACACCUCCAACUAGCCCAGCAGGAGGCCUCUCUGCAGCUCCAGAGGACGAAGACGUCUCAAUUAACAACAGGCGGGAAGGUAGCGCUGCAUCGCUACGCUGACCCCGCACUAUGUCCCGUCCGACCUCUGCAGGCUUGCGUCCGGUCCAGCAAAUGGAGCAAUGACAAGCAACCCCUAUUCAAGUUUCAGGAUGGUCGCCAUCUCACGCCGAACGAUAUCAAUGCUGUCCUACACAAAAUGCUAGGUCCGAGCAUCAGCAGCCAUUCCUUACGCGCCGGGGGAGCCACACACAUGGCGGAUCAAGGCGCACCGGAGUAUGCCCUGAUGGCUGCAGGCCGCUGGUCCAGCGCACGUACAUUCGCAGGCAUGCCACAGCACUACUAA